AUGAGUGAACGUCGUAAUCUGAAGGUCGUUGACGUCCGGGAGACACUUGACUCCAAGUUGGCUUAUCUGCCUGGCGGAAGAGAUCGAGAAGGCAAGCCUAUUCUUGUUGUUGAUGUCCCGAUCUACUCAUCCGAUGAAUCUGUUGCUGACAAUAAAUUGGAAAAGCUUUUGGCUUAUCUUCUUUCGACUUUUAACGAUGAGACAAAGAAGAAUGGAAUUUCAUUAAUUAUGGACGCAAGGAAAGGAUCCUGGAGAGUGGCCAGGUCGUACAUCCAAAGGUCCAUGAACAUAGUGGGGAAAUAUGCAGCUCGUAUGAUUGUUAUUCGACCUGAUAGCUUCUGGGAGAAACGAGUUGAUAACUGCACCAAGUCUUGGAAGGACGGCGAGCCCAUUUACAUUUCUAUCACGAGAUUAUAUUCUUAUGUGGAUACCGCUCAAGUUUCAAGUGAUUUAGGAGGGACUAAGGCCUAUGACCACUAUGACUGGAUUCAAAUGCGUGUUAGGGUAGAAGAUUAUGAAAAGAGUACCGCAGAAUUAAUUUCAAAGCUUAAUGAGUUCAAAGGCAAAUUAAAAGACUUUGGAAAAAUUGAUGAAACUAACGAUGAAGAAAAGAGUGUUGAGUUUUAUGUAGAAAACAGAGAUGAAUUGGAAGUAAUGUGUCGUUAUAUUCUACAUGAAGGGCGAAUUUUGGCGAGUGAUAUGAGUAGUGAAACCUCUCAGGAUAUUCAGGACACCAUACAUAGAGUUCAUGACCUUCUAGAUAUGAUUGAAUCUAAUCAAAUUGACGUGGAAAAUAGUUGGACUGAGAUGACCACUAAUUUGACAUUAAUGAAAGAAAUAAAAGACAUUGAACAAGGUAUUAAUCGAGUAACUAAUUGGAUUCUUGGUCCUGCUGACGCAAUGCUCAAUUUUCAUAGCAAUGUUGGUUUCGAUGUCGCUUCUUCAGAAAUUUUACGACGUGAACAUGAAGAAUUAGAACGAGAAUGUAGAGUAACUUAUGCCAGAUAUACGCAACUUACUUUUAGAAUAAAUAAAUUACCAGAGCACUGUUUAACUGAGAGCCUUAAAGCGCAAAAAGAUUUCAUGGAUUUCGUGUGCAGAGGUUAUGCCACUAGAUUAGAAAGGCGAAGAAAUAUUUUAAUUACUUGCCAACGAUUUUUUCGUCUCGUUUCUGAAUAUUUUGACAAGACCAGUGAAGUCUUUGACAAAAUGAUUAUGGGAAAUAGAGCGUGUAAUUCUUUUGAAGCUGAAGCUAAGUUGAUGCAUUUAGAAGCUAGUCAAUCAAAUUUAGAUGGAAUAUUACAAGAUUUAAUCAGAGAAGGAGAAAAAUUUUCCGAACUAAUGUCGAUGCCAGUUAAAAAUGCAUUAGGCCGAGAUGUCAAAGUGGAAUAUGCAGAAGACAUAACAAAUGUAACAGAUAUAUUGGAUGCGACAAAUGCCAGGAAGAAUAUAUUUAACGAUUCAGUGGAACUACAAAAAUUAACACUCAAACAAACUAUUUCAAUUUGUACCUACGAAACAGAUGCUGACCAGUCAAUUAAAUGGCUGAGUGAUUUAUUCAAUGUGUUGAUUAAAAAUUACACUGAAGUAGGCUGUAGUGUAACUGAAAUCCAGAAGCAAAAAGACGAUUUGCAGAAUUUUGAAGAAAUUUCACAAGGUGCGUUCGAGUAUGGCUGCCAAUUAUUAAAUGGAGCAAGAAUACUUCGGACUUCUUGCAGAUUGAGUUUAGACACAAAUGCAAGUUUAUUCUCUCAACUAAGAGAAGCUUGGCGGCGCAUUAGGUCUGUGAGUCAGGAACAGCUUACAAGACUCAGAGUUUGCACUAUUUUUCAUCGGAGUAUUGAUGAGCACUGUCGAAGAUUGACUGAUUUAAUAAAAAUAGCAAACAAUUCACUGUACUUAAUAAAUCAAAACAAGUCUUCUGGAUCUGAGGAUGCUCUGAGCGACCAUUCAUCUAGCUCGGAGUGCCUGAAAGAAGUCACAGAAAAUCGGGAAAAACUCCUAGUGUAUAUUGACAGAACUGUCAAGCUGGGAAGAUUAUUGACCACCAGUUUAAAGGAACCUCUUUGCUCCGAAUCAAGGAUGUCGACGUCAAAAGAGGACGUGUGUACUACAGAGAGCAGAAAUUUAUCAGCCGUUGAAGCUAUUUCGGAAAAACUUGCUGAAGUAACAAGACUCGCAGCAAAAUUAGACGCUAAAUUGGACGAAGCUGGUGUGCGAGUUAAAUUUACGAAGGAUGAAAAAGAUAAAAUAGAGAGUAUUGAAUUUUCAUCUUACCGCACUGCAAGUCCGUCUUCACUUGGUACGGUAAUUGAAUUACCUCAUAAAGAUCCUGGUGUUAUCAAUAAUAAUGGCAACCAUAAUGAAGAUGAUGAUCAUAAUGAUAAUGAGGAGUUGUUAUACGAAGAAAAUAAGCCUCAGCCCAAUGGGAUAAAUAAUAAUGGAGUUUGCAAUGAAAAUACUUCUUGUGAGUAUCAUAAAAAUAAUAAUGAUGUUCAACAAGUAAGUGCGUCGGAAACGGAAGAAAUAAAUACCGAAGAGUACACGACUGCAACCGAAUGUUCAUUGACACCAGUUGCAAGAUCUCGUAGUGAUUCCUUCGUAACAAUAUCAGAGUGUGAUGACAUUUUAUCUGAUUUAUAUCGAGUGGAGGGAGUUGGAAACGUGGAGUAUCAUCAGGUCGUCGAUGGUUUAGUAACGUCUGAAACGUCUGGGCUUGUUGAUCAACUUAAGAAGAUGAGUAAAUCGCCGGAAUUAAUAGUCGAUAUCAAUCAAAAUGUUUCAGACGUUAAGAAGACUAAUGCCACUUCAAUCAUUGAAACUAUUGAGCGUGGUUAUUGUUUGUAAUUGCAUCCUUUUUGAAAUACCCUUUAGGGAAACCUCUGGGAAAGUUGUUAAAGAAGUAACGGAAGUAACAACUCUUCGUGUAUCUCACGAUACUAAAUUUGGUGUUGCUUCUUACAAAUUGACUUCUAAUAUCCUUACGGAGAAUAAAGAGCACAGAAAUGCCGUCGGUAUUCUUGAUGCAAGUCAUCAAUAUACCAAUGGGUGUUAUAAUGGAGUUUAUCAUGAUGACAAAGAUACCAGUGCGCAGCAUUCACGUGAAGAAAUAUCAAUUUCCGAAUCAGAAGUUCCAUCAAAGUUAGAAAACGGGCAUGCAUGUCGGCAUUCAAAAAUAGUAAAAGAGUCAACGAGUGAAUACAAAUUAAAGUUACCUCCUGACGAGCUUAAAAAUGUUAGAUUUUUAGACACGAAGGGCAAUAAUGACAGCGGUAUCGAGAUGCCAUUGAAGCACAACGAAAGAUUAGAGACGAGCGAAGAAGAAGAAGAAGAAGAAGAAGAAGAAGAAGAUAAUGAUAAUAGCGAAUAUUUUGAAAAAUUGAAAAUGAAGAGAUAA